GAUGACGAAGAAAUAUGGCGUCCUUGUGUUAGUUUUAAUUUUGUGUCUUGUUUUGGAAACACACGCAAGAAGACCCAAGGCAGUCAGAAGGAAAGGUUUCCUAAAAUCAUGGGAUAAAACAAGACAAAAUCACCGAGAAUUAGACAAGAAACAAGACUGGGAAAACCCCCCUGGUUCAAACCAGUAUGGUCCGGUUCCAACAUAUCAAUACCCCCACGAAUACAACCCUACUGCUCCCAUCAUUCCUGAUGUAAACCAGUAUAAACCGGAUCCAAACUACAAUAAACCAAUUCCGACAUUUCAAUACCCACACGAAUACAACCCUACUGCCCCGAUCAUUCCUGAUGUAAACCAGUAUAAACCGGAUCUAAACUACAAUAAACCGAUUCCGACAUUUCAAUACCCUGAUCAGUACAACCCUACUGCCCCGAUAAUUCCAGAUUUAAACCCGUAUAAACCGAAUCCGAACUAUAACAAACCAAUACCAACUUUUUUAUAUCCCAAUGAAUAUAACCCAACACAACCAACGCCCGAAAUUCCGAAAAUUUGGCGUCCACGACCGAGGCCUGGCCGAAGACGACCGAAACCCUGGCGUCGACCUCGCCCCUGCAAACUAAACUUCUGGGGGUACUAUUAUGGCUAUCACGGUCACAGACCAUGCAGACCAACGCCAACACCAACACCAACAACCAGAAUUCCUUCAACGACAAUGACACCUCCAGUAACAAGUUCAAGCAUAGUGUCCCGUCCAUCUUCCAGUACAACAAUAUCACCUUCCUCAUCAACAUCAUCCAGUACAACAAUACCACCUUCCUCAUCAACAUCUUCCAGUACAACAAUACCACCUUCCUCAUCAACAUCUUCCAGUACAACAAUACCACCU